CCGGUCCCCCCGCCCCGCCCCGCACGGCGCGGCACGGCACGGCCCCGCACAGCGCGGAGGGCGCGGCGCGGGGGACGGCGGCGGCGGCGGGGCCCGUGUGCUCCCUGCGGCGAGGCCGUUCUGGAGCCGAGCCAGGCCGGUAUCGUGGUCAUGUUCCAGAGCCAGAGGUGGAGGGCAGUGUGCCAGCCGAUCAGCUAAGGCCAAGGGACGAUGAGCACUGUCACAGGCAAGAGUCAGCUGGGGCUGGGACCUGGAGGAGCCACCAAGGCACGGUGCCGUGGCUGAGGCUGGUGUGCUGAGCUGUGCCGGACCCCCACGCCACCGUGGUCAGCAGCAGAUGCUGUCUGCCCAGCACAUGGUGCCGCGAGGGGCCCUUGCCACAGCCGGACCACGCGGAUGGAAAGCUGCAGCCUGGCAGGGACCCUCGCUGGCCGGCUGACGCCAUCUGACACCCUAUGCCCAAGCCCUAUGCCGGAGCGGGCACCCUCCCCGGCUCAGCCGCCUGCCGACCAUGAAGUGCUCAUUGCGCUUCUGCUUUCUCUCGACCGCCUUCCUGCUCGUCUUUGUCAUGUCCCUCCUCUUCACCUACUCCCACCACAGCAUUGCCUACCUGGACCCCGGUGGGCUAGGCGGCAUCCACCGGGUGAAGUUGGUGCCUGGCUACGCCGGCAUGCAGCGGCUCAGCCGGGGGGGGCCAUACCCCCGGGGCUGCGCCUGCCGCCGCUGCCUGGCCGAGGAGGCUGGGGCUGCCGACUGGUUUGAUGGGCGCUACGAUGGCACCGUCUCCCCAGUGUGGACAAAGGAGAACAUGGACCUGCCCCCUGAUGUCCAGAGGUGGUGGAUGAUGCUGCAGCCCCAGUUCAAGUCCCACAACACCCACGAGGUCCUGAGCAAGCUCUUCCAGAUCGUGCCAGGCGAGGAUCCCUAUCGCUCCCGCGACCCACACCGCUGCCGUCGCUGUGCUGUGGUUGGCAAUUCGGGCAACCUGCGUGGCUCUGGUUAUGGGCCGGAGAUUGAUGGGCAUGACUUCAUCAUGAGGAUGAACCAGGCCCCCACGGUGGGUUUUGAGGGCGACGUGGGCGGUCGGACCACACACCACUUCAUGUACCCUGAGAGUGCCAAGAACCUACCUGCCAAUGUCAGCUUUGUGCUGGUGCCCUUCAAAACCCUGGACCUGCUCUGGAUCGCCAGUGCCCUCUCCACCGGCCAGAUCAGAUUCACGUACGCACCUGUGAAGCCUUUUCUGCGGGUGGAUAAAGAAAAGGUGCAGAUCUACAACCCUGCCUUCUUCAAGUACAUCCACGACCGCUGGACAGAGCACCACGGGCGCUACCCCUCCACUGGCAUGCUGGUGCUCUUCUUCGCCCUCCACGUCUGCGAUGAGGUGAAUGUCUUUGGCUUCGGUGCCGACAGCCGGGGUAACUGGCACCACUACUGGGAGAACAACCGCUACGCUGGGGAGUUCAGGAAGACAGGGGUGCACGAUGCCGACUUCGAGGCGCACAUCAUCGACAUGCUGGCCAAAACCAGCAAGAUCGAGGUUUACCGGGGGAACUGAGGGCUGCGCCUCCUCCGGCUCCCUUGCCCCGGCCAGGCCCUGGCUGCCCGUGGGGGCAGAGGGCAAGGGUCUCCCCGGCAGCCUCAGGCGAUGAGCACCGGGUGGGCAGCGUGGCCCCACGCCGCCAACAGAGCUGCCCCUGGCAAUAUUUGGUGCCUCCAGCAGCCAAUCAGGUUUAGCGCUAAAGGAGACUUUUCACUUUUUUUAAUUAUGAUUAUGAUUAUUAUUAUUAUUAAGAAACCCAGCUGAGAAAGGAUUUGUAAACACAAUCAGCGACUGACCGGGCAGCGGGGGCUUCUGCCUCCCAUCUCUUUACAGUCAAACCAAAUGCUGCUCUUUUUAAAACAAGACAAAACCAACAAACCCCUGAAGCCACGUGACUUUGGGGAGCGCCCAAGCAUCGUGUCUGGACUGAGGGAGAUGCGGCAGCCUCACAGCCUCGCCAGUGGAACCAGCUGCUUCUUUCUUCCUUUAUUUUGGUGGUUUUUUUUUACCCAACUGGGGCAGAUGCCGCCACCACUUCCUCGGGGAAGGCAGGUCCUGGCACAGCUGCAAGCACAUGGACCCUUUGUGGGGAGCCAGCAGCCUGGGGGAAGCUGACCAUCGCCAAUGCUCCGCUGCAGGCUGGCAGCACAGCUGGCUGGGCAAUGGAGAGGAAACGUGGUUUCAGGGCUGGGCAUCCCCACUCCUCUACCCAAGGAUCAAGGAAGGGUCGGACAGAUUUUGUAUGUGACUGGGCAAAAGGCAGCUAAGAAACCCGCAGGAGCAGCAGCCUGGUCCUUCCGGCUGGGCUCCCUUGCAGCAUUCUCGAGGGAUGCGGCAGCAGGUCCGGCCCCACCAGAGGGAAAGAGACAAGACUUCCCUCUGCUUACAGGCUGGGAAAAACCAGAUUAGAGGUAGCUUUAGUGGGUGAAUGAACCAUGCUUUGGCUUUUGUGUUGCUAUAAACAGACAGCUCUGGUGAGAAGCUGAAAUCCCAAAGUCUUUGCUCCAUUUGUGAGGGUGGGGCUUGGUUUACAUCAGCCUGGUAGAGCCGGUGCCUUUGGAGUACCGGGGCUUACCAGGCUGGACAGGCUGCCCCGUGGAACAGGAUGGGGAGAUGCAGAACAAAACCGCCUCCCCAGGGGUGUAAUUAAAACCACUUCCUUUAGGUCAAUCAUGGGGGUGGGGUUUGGUUUUUUUUAUUUGUUUGUUUGUUUUUCAAGAGAUGCUGGAAAGCUCAAGAAAAAGGCAAUCACAGAAAAGGUCCCUCAGAGAGGGACCCUCUGUCUGUACAGCCAGUGCCAGCAGUGGGUGUCCGGCGUGACGGUAAAGCCCCAUGGUGCCGACACUGGGGGAAGCCCUGCCCACAGCGCCUGGUUGCAAUAGUUAUUUGAGGAACAAUCACCGUAAGUUUUUUUGGGCUUGGAGGAUUUUUGGUUUUUUAUUUUUUAAUAUCGUUUUGUACCUGGCUUUUCUGUAGCAGCCUCUUACCCACUUCUCUGCUUCGGUUUGGUUGUUUUUCAGGUUUCUGUUUGGUUUUGUUUUGGUUUUUUUUGAAGUUUCUCUCUGCAAUCAUAAAACAUGAGGGUUCAGGUCACCUGGAGGAGGCAUCGAGUAUCCCCUGCGCUGGGGACCUUUGUCAUUUCUGUCCACAGAGCUUUAAAACAAAGUUUUGUGGUGGGUUUUGGUAGAAGCAGUGCUGCCCUGGUGAGACCAGCCUGCCUGCGACCUGCGACCACCACAGCCAGCCCUGAACCCCGCUCCUCUCCCCAGGAUGGGAGGCAGGUUAUAGCGAGCCCUGGUCUCCACCUUCCUGGGUUGAGAUUUUUUUUUUAGGGGAAGAAAACAAAAAAAAAAACAAAUGUAGAACCACAAGCAACAACGAGUGCCUUGAUCAUCAUCUGUUGGCUGCGCCAGGCUGUGCCCACUCCCGCACCAGCGGUAGGGCCUUGGCUUAUUUAUCUGGCAGUCGUACCCGCUUCCCUCCUUGUGCCACGCUAGAUCUCAGCUGGCAAGUGAGGAGACGGAUGCAUCCAGGCCACCAUGCCAGUGGUUGGGGAGGCCAAGUCCAGUGUGACGAGGCUGGACCAGCUCCUGUCCCCGCUGAGUGGGGCCAGGCCAGACAAUCAUGGGGUGAGCAGAGAUGCCGAGUACCAAACCCGGGCACCAAACCCGCCGGCAGCACAGUGCUGGCAUCCAGCAAAGGGCGCACUCACGUCUCCUUGCUGCCCUGACAGUAUUUUUUUGGCUAACUUCCUUCCCCUUACCCUUUUUUUUUUUAAAUUAUUAUUAUAAUUUUUUAUUUAAGCUGUCUUGCUAGGACUCGUGACCACUUCUGUUUCUCUGGCAGAACGGCCGCCGACCACAAGCAUGAGGAGCACACUGCACGCCCAGCGGGGAAGGGGCCAUGGUCGUGGUGCUGAGAAGCACCACUGUACUGUACAGAGAGCAGAUGUAGGCAGAGGCUAUGGGCAGGGGAGCAGGCAGGGAGGAGUUGCCCAGGCUUGCCCACCUGGCAGAGGUAGUCUUCAUCACGCGGUGCCUGAUGGAGCACCCAUCACCUCCCGCCCCGCCGGGAGAGGGAGAGACCAGUGCUCUGACCUAGGGCUAGGAGCAGGCAGGUGGCUUUGCCCGUAGCCUCUGUGUACAUGGGUACUUCUGCACACAACUGUCUUAAAACAACUUUUUUUUUUUUUUUUAAGUCAAUAAAAACCAUGCAUCAGAA